CGCACGGGAGAGGGCGGUGGGCGGCGCGCGCAUGCGCGAGGCGCGGGGCUGGCGGCGGCGGCGGCGGAGGGGAAUUAAAAUGGAAGAUGAGGAGGUCGCCGAGAGCUGGGAGGAGGCGGCCGACAGCGGGGAAAUAGACAGACGGUUGGAAAAGAAGCUGAAGAUCACACAGAAGGAAAGAGCCGGGUCUUCCAGACUGGAUGUAGCUACAGCUAUGGGGAAGCCAUUUAAGAAAAAGACACUCAAAGGAAGAAAUGGUAGAAAGUCAAAAUCUCCUCCUAAAGUGCCGAUCGUGAUUCAGGACGACAGCCUUCCUGCGGGUCCUCCCCCUCAGAUCCGCAUCUUGAAGAGACCGACAACCAACGGUGUUCUCAGCAAUCCCAACUCCGCCAGCAGACCGGCCUUCCCCGUGAAAUCCUUGGCGCAAAGGGAGGCAGAGUACGCGGAAGCCAGGAAACGAAUAUUGGGCAGCGCGAGCCCUGAAGAAGAGCAGGAGAAACCCAUUCUAGAUAGGCCGCCGAGGAUCUCCCAGCCGGAAGACUCCAGACAGCCCAACAAUGUGAUUAGACAACCCCUGGGUCCCGAUGGCUCACAAGGCUUCAAACAACGCAGAUAAACGCGGGCCGGAGAUGCUGCUGCGGAAGGCAGGGUCCGCCGCCACGGGUCGCGCUGCCGUGACGGACAAACGGACUUGAGCAAAGGGAACUACCUGGUUUAUUUGCACUGUGAUUUAUUUUUUGUUUUCCCCUUUGCUCUACCCACUGUGACCUUCAACCCCACGCACUGUGACCUCCCCUCUCCACCCACUGUGACCGGCAAACUGAGAAGGGCUUGUCCCCAUGUCGCUGUAAAAGAGAAAAAAAAAAAAAAGGGGGGGACGAGGGGAGGGGGGUUAUAAAGGACUCGGACGGGUGCAGGGAGUCGUGUGUGUGCCACUUGGGUUGAAGCUAGUGCCAGCAAUAAUGUUCGUUGUACUCGCAACCUGGGAUUUAAGGAAAAAAAAAUAAUAUGGGAAGCCUCCCCAGAUGCGCGUGUUGUCCUCAUCACUUUAAGAGCAAGUUCUGUUUCAAAGGAUCUCUUUUUAUUUUAUUUUUUUUUUCUUGUUUGGUUUUCUGUAUAUCAGAUCAACGGUGUGCAUGGGAAGGGUUUUAACUGUUUUAAUUGAGAGAGGUAGUUAAGCGUUGGCAAAGGAGUUUCAAGGAAUUUUUGCAACUUUUAACGGCUCGGGUUUGGCAAACUCUUCGCUUCUCGUUCUCUAUUUCUACCGCUGCCAAGCACGUGGAAGUGAACUCUCGGAUACCUGGCCUUUUCCGAUCGCCUUGGGAGCCGGCGGAGUCCGACGACUUAGUUUACAUCUUGCACCUGUUAAAGCUUGGCUAGUAUUUUCUGCUGGCUUUGAGGAAAAGCUUAAAAUACAUCUUUUUUUUUUUUUUUUUUUUUUUUUUUUUUUUUUGUGUAUUUGGGGAGAAGGGAAUGUAGACGGAUCCCGUGAAAAUGCCUGCUGCCCGGCUGCCGUUCACAGCAGAGCGCGCCAGGCGGCAAAGAAUUAGGGCUCUGUUGCGAGGAGGAGAACAGCCGGUGCCGCUCCGGUCGGUGAAGUAAAUACGUGGAGAGGAGCCCCGCUCCGUAUGGCCCGCGUUCGUCAAGCGGCUGGCGUAACGACUGGGAGCGGGAUGUCCCGAGGGCCCGAACUCAAGCGGCUUAAUCUCUCGAUCCUGGGGUGAGCUGCGUUCGCCUUCUGGAAAUCACGGACAUCGGGAACAAAACCCACCGUGGAUAAAGUCUGGAUGAUUCCUCUUGUCUUCCUGGCGGCAGCUGGCUCCCCGCGAGGCUUCAGGGAAGGGAUUUUCCUCCUCCAGCUUCCGGGAAGAGGACAGGGAAGCUGGUUGUCUGCAAGAACGCGGAUCCUUCCCCUCCGGAUGAAGCUGACCUACCUUAAUAUCACGUAAUAUCGAGGGAUUAGAUGAACACUAAAUCUCUUCGUGGAGGGGACGGUACCUAGAAACCCAUUUCUGGUUAUCGGCGGAUUAUUCUGUAUGGGUACAACCUUCCCUGCCGCUUCGUACUCAGUAGGUUCAAGGGUAAACGAGGAAAUUUUAAUUACGUCUUCUACCCAAAGGGAAGCGACCGUACAGAGAGACGUGUAUGGAAAUACGGCUUGAAAAAAAUAAUAAUACCGGUAAAAUAAAACUACCUGUGUAUUAAAAGAAUCCGCUAGAGCGUUAAUUAGCUGAUUAAAGCACCAAGGAUGGUGGUGAGGUGGGGGUGGGCGGAUGUUCUCCAGGUUUCCCAACCGCUGGCGCUUUUUGGGGGGGAAAAUCUCAUAUUUUUAUCCCCCCACCGCAGGCUCGUGGUCAGAAUCCAUCCCAGGGGUGGCGGGAGGGGAGAACGACAUCAGCAAUAACCGUAGUUCACCGCGCCUUUCCUUAAUUAUUACUAAAAAUAGCUUUUCAUGGCCAAAAAACCCCCAAAUCCACUCGAUUCCUGGUGUAGCCGGUCAGUGUUAAAGUUGCCGCCUCCUCUGGCACUGAAAUUUCAGUUUCUGGCACCGAAAUUUCCGGCACCGAAUCUUCCGACUCCUCCGUCCCGGUGACCAGGAUACGUCCCGCCCGCGGGCAGGGCUCGGCGUUCCUGCGGGAAGCCCCUUCAUCCCGGGAAGGUGGAGGAUAAUAAACACCUGUUUUCACCCCAAAAUGUGCGCCGAAGAGAAAAUGUUUUAUAAAUUGUAUUUUAAAUAAAUGUCUUUAAACUUUUAA